CAAUGGAAUAGUCAUAUUCCAAAAAGUACACUGAACAGGUGAAAGGCUUUCAAAAAGUUGCGUCUUCUGUGUGUGACUGUCUGCUACUGCGAGAAUCCGAUUCGACGUUGCUCUUUGGAAGAGAAGCAUCAAGCUUCCUUUGUAUCCAUGAUGGCUUCCUCCGACGACGCCGUUUUCACUUCGUCAAAGGACACCGAGAAGUUCCUCUGCAACUUGUUGCUGGAUUCCACGCAACCCAUCUCUGACCGCUUCAGAGCUCUCUUCUCCCUUCGCAACCUCAAAGGACAAGCCCCUCGCCACGCCCUCAUUCUCGCCACGAGAGAUUCAUCAAAUUUGUUGGCACAUGAAGCCGCAUUUGCGCUGGGCCAAAUGCAGGAAACCGAAGCCAUUCCUGCUUUGGCAGCAGUUCUAAAUGACCUUUCUUUGCAUCCAAUUGUUCGCCAUGAGGCAGCUGAAGCACUUGGUGCUAUUGGUUCAUAUGGUAACAUUCCCCUGUUGAAGAGUUGUUUGGAUUUAGAUCCGGCUCAGGAGGUCCGCGAAACUUGUGAGUUGGCUCUUGAACGUAUUCGCCAUUUAAAAGAUGCUGGAAAUAGUGAUGAUUUGUCUACAAAUGAUAUUUCACCUUUUAAGUCAGUCGAUCCAGCUGCACCGGCAUGCUCGUGUACCUCGGUACAACAAUUGAGGGAAAUACUUCUGGAUGAAGAAAAAGGGAUGUAUGAGAGAUAUGCAGCUCUUUUUGCACUUAGAAAUGAUGGUGGAGAGGAAGCUGUUGCUGCUAUUAUCGAUUCAUUGGGUUCAAAAAGCGCUCUUUUACGUCAUGAGGUUGCAUAUGUUCUGGGUCAGUUGCAAGACAAAGCUGCUUCAGCUGCGCUAUCCAACAUACUUAAAGAUGUGAAUGAGCACCCAAUGGUUAGACAUGAAGCUGCUGAAGCUCUUGGGUCAAUUGCAGAUGACCAAAGUGUAGCCCUUCUUGAGGAGUUUGCAGCGGAUCCGGAGCCUCUUGUCUCUGAAAGCUGUCAAGUUGCACUAAGCAUGCUAGAAUAUGAACGAUCAGGGAAAUCAUUCGAGUUUCUCUUUAUUCGCACUCCAACUGUGCAUUGAAUGACAGAAGAAUGAAAGAUGUAUGAGAUUGAAGAGAUACACACAGAAGAGGCAUAAAAACACAAUCAGAUUUUUAUUCAUAGAAACCCAGUUAAUUAUUACCCUUGCUUGCGGGGGUAUGAACUAUUAAAUGAAUGCAUUUAACUAACUCUGAUAGGGUGGUUGAGCAGAGUAGGCUCAUCGUCUUUUAACUAAGAAGCGAGAGUUUGAUCCUUGUUUCA